CUUUGGAAAACUCACCGCGCAUUUUUAAAAACAAUAAGAUGUUUAAGUCUAUGUUUAAUUCGGGGAUUCGAUCUCUUUAUACAGUACUGGAUAAUCCAACAUUUGUUUCUGAACCAUGGGCAGUAUAUCCUGCCAAAAGAAAUCGGGAUGGAAAACUUGCAUCAGUGUUUAUAUUCGAUAAGAAAAGAUUUGAAAGUCAAAUCAAUGCGUUAACUGGAUCGAGUUCAAAUUCCAAGAAUCCAAAAGUCAUUCUAUCAGAAUGUUACGAACUAAUUAAGUUUGAAUUAAGUCAAGCAGCAAAAUUGAAACAUCCUCAAAUUCUUACUAUACUUGAACCAUUAGAAGAAACUAAACUGAAAUUCUUAUUUGUUUCUGAGCCUGUGGUUAAUAAUCUUAAGACUGUGUCUUUACAAAAAUUGGACGACUUGACUAUUCAAAAGGGGCUUUUACAAGUCUCUAAAAGUUUACAAUUCCUUCAUAACUUCUGUCAUAUUAUUCAUUUCAAUUUACAACCUUCUUCAAUAUUUAUCAACGAUCAAGGAGAUUGGAAACUUUCAGGAUUUCGGUUUUUACAUAACUUAAAUGAUUUAUCUCCCCAAGAGAUAGAUAAUUUUUAUAUUAUGAAUAAUUCUUCAGCAAUCCCAUUUACAAAUUUAAAUUUAAAUUUCACAGCUCCUGAAUUAUUAUUAGAUUCAAGUCUGAAAUUAGGAUUACCAAAUGACAUAUGGUCGUUAGGUUGCAUUAUUUAUUUCCUUUAUAAUCAAGGUGAAUAUUUGGUCGAUUGCUUUGAUUCGGAUAGCAUAUCUGAUUACAAAACAUCUUUCAAAAGAUUUGAAAAUAGAUUUUAUAACAGACAACCCAUUGAAUUAAAACAUUUUUUUAAAAAUGUUCCUGAAAAGUUGUUUAGUGUUCUUUCUCAAAUGUUGUCGAGAUAUCCUCAUGAUAGACUUACAAUUGAUCAAUUUAUAGAUUCCGAUUUCUUUAAUGGAAGUAUCAUUAAAGCUAUGUGGUUUGUUGAUGAAUUUGCAACUAAAACUACCGAGGAAAAACUUAUCUUUAUGAAGGGUACAUUAGAGAUUGAUCCUGAAUCAAACGAGGAUAUUCUAACUCAAUUUCCUGCAACUUUUAGAUCUCUGAAGUUCUUACCAUUAAUGAUUGAACUUAUUGUUAAUGAACUCAAGGUUCUAGGCAAUAAUCAUCCAUUAACUCAAGAUACUGAAGACCUUUUAUCGUUAGCAACCAGCAUUACUCUCAAAAUAGGGUCUACGUUUUCAAACUUAACUUUCCAAGAUCGAAUUUACUCAAUAUUAUUCAAAAGUAACCUGUCAUUCUGGAAAAAGGAGAAAACGAAUUCAAAUAUUUUCAAAGUAUUUAUUACUUGUUCCAUUAAAAUUCGAUUAUCAAUUCUUGAAAAUCUUGGAAUCUUAAAGUCCAAAUUAAGUGAUAAGCAAUUAUGUGAUUUUUGUAAACAAUUUGGUGAAAUUGUGUUGGCUAGUACUACAAAUGCUGACUCGCCAAUUUCCACUUAUCAAAUUCAACUUCAAGAGCUUUACUUGAAAGAAUUACCCUCAAUCAUUUCAAUAUUUGAAUUCCCAUACAUCAAAAAUACCCUCUUCCCAUUGAUUUGUCUGAUAUUUAAAACUACAACUGUUUUAUCAACCAAGUUGGCAACAAUUCAAAUUUUCGUAUCGUUUGUUGAUAAUUCAAUUAUCGAUAAACUCAUUGUAGUUGAACAAUUAUUACCAAUAUUGAAUAAUUUGAAAAGUCGUGAUAAAAAUAUCGUUGGACACAUUCUUGAAUUGUUCGAGAAAUUGAAUGCUAGUGAACACAUUAGUUUGGAUAUUGAAACUUUGAUUUUACAAGUACUCCCUCAAUGUUUACAAUUAACUUUUGGUUGUAAUAAUUGUACUGCUGACGAAUUUAAAUCAUUUAUGAAUCAAGUGCAAAGAAUUGAAAACACUCUUGUUGAGAGAAAAUUACAACUGUUACCGAAACAUGUCUCUGAUGAUAAUACAUCUGCGACAGGCGGAAGUAAAAAUGAUUUUGAAAGCCUUGUCAACUCUCAAAAGUUCAAUCAAGGCAAUAAAGAUGAGAUUUUGAAAGCUCCUCAGACAAGAUCAGUCAUGCAACCAACGCAAAGAAGAUCCAUGAGUUCGGAAAUACACCAAGAACAAAAACCGAAAUCUACACAUUCAGUAAUGAGUCCAAUAUCGCCAAGAGUGAAUCAAAAUAAUAUCCCGAAAGCACAGAAUAAUGGGAGUGCAUUAAAAUUUGGCGCAACUUCGAAUAAACCUAUUAAUAACAAUGCAUUACUUCAGACAUUAAAUAAUUCUUCUUUAAAGUCAGAAAUUGACGAUGACUUCGAUGACUUCCAAUCAACAUCUACAGUAACUACACCUACGACCAACAACUCCACAAUCAAUUGGAAUAUUGAAGCCAACAAAGCCAAACCAAUGAACAAUAUGAAGGCUUUGCCCAAUCCAAUAGCUGCACAGCCAAAUAGAAGCAUGAAUUCGGUUCAACCUACAAUUAAGCUUCCUCCUGGAUUUGAUUCUAAUUUAGUUUUAUCACCAUCUACCAAGACGUCAAAUUUCAAUCAAACAACUUCACAUACAACUUCUAACAGUAAUGAUGUGCUUGAUUUCUUAUAAAUUGUUAUAGCUAUCAUUUCAAUACUAGUAUAAUAUUAAUUUAUAGGAUAUUAUAAUAUUUAAUUGCAAA